AUGCUAGAUUCUGCAUCUAAUGGGAAACCUUCCAGUCCACAGUCUUCGAGUUCUCAUGCAUCAUCUCCAAUCUCACAAACCAAAUCGAACCAACCAGUAGAUUUACCUCAAUCUUUCUGGUCCGACAAAGAAGCUCAAGAUGCCUGCUUAAUGCGGUAUUUUGUGGAGGAGCUCGCGCCAUGGUUCGAUACUUGCGACGCUGCCAAAAACUUUGCCCUAAUAGCCCCCCAAAGAGCCAAGUCGUGCCCGCCACUCCUCUACGCCAUUUUCUCCGCGUCCGCCCGACAUCUCAGCCGACGACAGAUUAUCAACGGGAACGAGAUUCUCUUCGCGGGAAAAAAGCUCCCAUCACUAGGUGAAGAACGAGCCCUCGAAUAUCAAAGCCUGUGUAUCUCACACCUCAUGUCCCUCUCUGGCGACACGACAGAAGUGCAAGAUGAAAAUCUCCUCGCUGCCGCUGUAAUUCUCCGCUUCUACGAGGAAUAUGACGCCCCCCUUGUCGGCAUCGACGACGAGACCUACCUGCGCGGCACACAAGUCUUUCUAGACGCCCAAUCCACAGCGGCCAUGCAAAGUGGUGGUCUUCGGCGCGCCGCAUUCUGGGUCGCUUUUCGGCAGGAAUGGCACAGGGCGUUCAUCAAGCAGCGCGGGUUUCGAUUCAACUCUCACUGCUGUGCUUCGUCGGCGUACAGAUCGCUCGAACCCGUCGAUGAUAAUACGUGGACCAAUCGUAUGGUCCUGCAUUGUACGGAUGUAGUUGACUACUGCUACGGAGAAGACUCUAGCCUCGCGCGAUACGACGAGCUCUGGGACUAUAUUCUGCGAUGGCAGUCGCUGGUUCCCUCGACGUUUAAUCCGCUCUAUUCGAGAGAACCGGAUCCGGGUGGGACGGAGGUCUUUCCGGAGAUAUGGUAUUUGGAUGAUUGCAUUGUCACUGCGACCCAGCAUCUCCUCUUAGCUCGCAUAUGUCUCGUCGCCUAUGAUCCGCGCACUCCUCGUAUGGGUCCAGGUCGAAAGGACGCCGUCGCCAAGGGAGAGGCGGAAAUUAAACGGAAUCUAUUUGAACUUUGCGGCAUCGCUCGGUCGAAUAAGACAGCUCCCGCGUUGGUCAUGGCCUGUAUGGGUGUGACGAUGUGUGGCGAUAUCGUAACCAGUCGUGUGGAGCAGGAGGCGCUAUUCGAUAUAUUAGUCAAGUUAGAAGAGGUCCAUGCCUUAUCUUCGAGCAGGGCACAGAUGCAAUUGAAAGAGGCUUGGGGUUGGGAUGGAGUCAUGCCUACUUAA